UUGAGUUUUUUCGUUCCCAAGAAAGACCAAUGUCUUGUCUGCCCUAAAUACAAUCGUGCAAACGCAGAUGAAAAAGCAAAUUUAAUACAAAACUAUGAAGAUCACAUAGAAAGGAAACGAGCAUGCUAUGCUGAAAAGGCCAAGGAUAAGGAGAGAGCAGAAAAAGAACCAAACUUUUUAUCAGCAACGUUUGAUCUUCAAGCUAUUUUACAAAAUCCUAGUACUGAGGUUGGCCUUCUUUAUUAUACCAGAAAAUUGACUGUUUAUAACUUAACCUUAUAUGAAAGCGCGCUACCAAACGAAGCAUAUUGCUUCGUAUGGACAGAGGUACACGGCAAAAAAGGUAGCUCGGAAGUUGGCACUAUUCUAGCCCAUUAUUUAACAAACUGCAUUCCAGAAAAUGUAACAGAGGUUAGUUUGUUCUCCGAUACAUGCGGGGGACAAAACCGAAAUCAGUUUAUAGCCGCUUUACUCUUACGGGUUAUCAAUCAGAGCAAACAAUUACAGAUUAUUGAGCACAAGUUUUUGGAGUCUGGCCAUUCUUACAUGGAGGCCGACUCAAUGCAUAGCUCAAUUGAAUAUGCGAAAAAACAUCGUGUCGUGUAUUGUUUAUCGGACUGGAUCAAUAUAUACAAAGAUGCCCGAUCAAGACACGUAUAA